AAUUUAGCACAGUCAGUGUAUAAAACCAGAAGAUGCAUUCUGCAUUCCGAGAUGGUGCGUAUGGGUGUCCUCCGAGACGGUAGAUGACCCCUAGCCGUCUAUCCAUGGACGUUCAUGCGUUUCGAGGUGUCCAUUGGGUCUGUCUUUAUUGAUAAGCGGCGAGCCAAAGCGGCGCUGCGAUCUUUUGCUCUUAUUUAAGCUGCGUCAUGGAGACGGACAGGGUGUGGGCCAACUCGACCACGACGCUGACGUCCGAGCGGGAGCCCAGCGCGCCUCCGGACGACGCGAGGCUCGAGUUCAUCCGUCGUCACGUGGUGCGCACGUUUCCUGGUGUUAAGAUCGAUUCACUGAACCGCAAGUUCGCGACAGACGCCGUGGCCUCGAGACUCUUCGACUUCCUGCACGUUCCCGACGCGCGACUGUUGCUGUUCACAGACCAUGGAGACGAAUCUAGUGGCAUCGUGGACACUUAUUCAACACCUCCAGCGCAUCUCUUUGGAGACGCCUCCAAGAGCAAGAACCGAUCUCCAGUCACGGUCUUGUACCUGCUCAAGACUGUCAAAGGACCCAUAAGCGCGACCAAGUUCCAUGAAGAAAUCAUGUCCGGUACCUUGGAGAAAAACGCUCUCGAGUCGCUGGCUGUGAUGCUGCGCGACGUGUUCAUCCCGCUUAUUGGGAACCAGCGCAACCAGCAGAUGUGGCCCGAGAUGGUCACAACGUCCAUCAUUAACAAUGUCCAUGGCUUCUUCUCUAGCCUACAGAUCACUCUGGGACAGACAAAAGGCGCUACGUGUCUCCCACUUCCGUGGGAUCAGGCAGUCAUGGAGAGUGCGGCCAAGUCGUCGCCCAAUGGAGACGCGUCAAGCUCGUUCUCCAAGGGUCAAGAUUUCAACACUAUCAGUGGACUUGGGAAGGACCAAGUGCAUAGCUUGGAGGGGAGUCUGAUUACCUGGACCAAGCAGAUCAAGAACAUCCUCAAACAAGACCCCGAAGCGCUGUUGAACCAGCGGGACCAUGCCCACCAAGGCCCCAUGGAAGAGCUGCACUUUUGGGCAGCAAAGGCAAAGAACCUCAACUCGAUUUUCGCCCAGUUGCAGUCCGACAGUAUUCGCAAAGUGUUGCAGUAUCUGGACGCGUCCAAGAGCACUUACAAUAUCCCGUUUGCAAAGCUGUGCAAGGAGGUUUUCCUUGCCAGAGCCGAAGCCAAUGAUAACAAGCACUAUCUGUGGCCAUUGGCUAAGUGGUUCGAGCAGUUGGCGAGUGCACAAAGCCUGCCAGAAAUCCGAGAUCUCUUUCGGCCAAUCUGCCACUCCAUUCUACUGAUCUGGAAGUCGAGUCGGUUCUACAACACUCCGGCGCGACUGGUUGUGUUGAUUCGACAGAUCUGCAACGAAAUUAUCAGGAAGGCGAUGAUGCACUUGAACGGCGAGAAACUAUUCGAGCUGUUCGAUCAAGGCGAGCUGGAGCAGGCAAACAGCAUGCUGCAAGUGUCUUUGCAGGUGUGCGCUCACUUCAAAAGCGUCUACUUUGACUACAAGGCGAAAUCUGUUACCGAGGUGCCAGGCAAUCCGUGGCGAAUUCAGAACAACGCCUUGUUUAUUCGUCUUGAUGCUUUUCUCGAGCGAUGUCACGAUGUUUUGGAGUUGACGCAGACUAUUUACCAGUUCCAGAAACUUGCCCAGAUGGAGAUCGGAGGCACGAAGGGUAAAACACUCACGACUAGUGUGCACCAAAUCUACGCGGAUUUUCAAGAAACGUUGGCACAGAUGAAGAACGUCCAGUACGACCUAAUGGAUCUCGAUGCCAAGCACUUUGAAGACGAUUUUUACGCCUUUCGCUCGAAGAACAAGGAGUUGGAGCGACGUCUAGCUUCUGUGAUCAACCAGGCUUUCGACGAUGCCAAGACUAUUGUGGGACGCUUUAAAUGCUUGGACUGCUUCGAAGAUCUGCUCGACCGACAGAUUAUCAAGAACGAGCUAGAACGGAAGCAUACGUCGCUUAUCGCGUCGUAUGCGAGCGACCUGCAUGUGGUGCAGCAGAUAUUCAUCGAGAAUCGAGACCAUCCGCCGAUAUCUCCCAACCUCCCGCCAUUUGCUGGUGCUGUUACGUGGUGUCGGGGACUUGGUGAGCGUAUUAAAUUCCCUAUGGAGAAGCUGAAGCAGAUUUCCCCAAGGAUUGUGCUUGAGCGUGAGGAUUCAAAAGAAGCCAUGAAGUUGUACACGAAUGUGAUGGCAAUGCUGCAGGAGUACGAGGUUCAGAACGUUAAGCAGUGGGGGAUUUCAAUCGAGACUUCUUCAAAGGCCAAACUCAAGCUUCCACUUAUCAGACGCGAACCUGCUCCAGGAUCUACCAGUAUUGAUACAUCUACGAGCUCGGUCGUUAAAGAACAGCAACAACCAGGGGCAUCCCAAUCCAAUGCAGGGUUACUGUUCGUAAACUUCGAUGCUGCUUUAGUGCAGUUGCUGCGCGAAGUUAAAUACUUCCUGUUGCUUGGGUUGGAUAUCCCAGAGGAUGCGUUGGAGAUCUACAAACGUGCUGAAGUAUUCCGACGCCAGACUGGAAACUUGGAGCUAAUCGUCGAUAUGUAUAACACUAUCCACUUGACACUGUUACCAGUUGAAAAACCUCUUGUCAAGGGCUAUCUGGAGCGAAUGGAUCAAGUGUUAAAUAAAGGCAUUAAAGCCUUAAACUGGAAGUCUCACGGUAUCGAUGUGUUCCUGAAAGAGUCCAUGACGGUGGUAAAUGAGGCCAACACCCUGUUGAGUCAGCUGAAGACGCACCAAAACCGUGUCGCUGAGUUGUUGGAUAUAUGGAAUUCGCCGCCGCUGCUGUUUGAGCGGAAGAGCAAAGCAUUGUCAGUCGAAGAAUUCGAGGAGCUUCAGAAGGCUUUGUGUCAACAAAAGUACCAUGUGAUCAAGGAAGGUGGCAAUGAGAUCCAUCGUCUGCUUAAGGAUACGCUGAAGCACUUGCGUGUGGCUCAAGGAAGCCCCGACUGGAGAGCGUAUGUCGACUACGUCAGCGGGAUCGUUGAGGACGGGCUCGCUCGAGUGAUUCUUCAAUCGCUUGGGCAGUUGAGAGAGCAGCUAGACCCCAAGCGUAUCGAGAGUGAGGACAUUCCAGCCUUACUCGAAGUUGAGUUGGAUUUGUACGGCAAAGAUAUCGUGUAUUUUCCAACCAUCCAAAGCACAGCGGCGAAAAGCGGCGUGGAAGAUCUUAUCAUGCGUCGAAUGGAAGCGAUUCUUCAUUCCUCGACAGUAUUCAAGCGGUUGGACAGCUCCGAGGGAUCCUAUUUGAAAGAGAUGCGAGAGAACAUGCAGAUCCAGCUGCUUAUUGCAGAUAUAUCGUCAUUCCUUGACCAGAACCAGAAGGCUUGCGCUGCAUUCCGUUAUGCGCUCACCAAGUACGAGUAUCUAUGGACGACCGACUUGCCGCAAAUGUUCCAGACUUUCCUCUGUACAGCGUGGUCUCCCUAUCCGUACACAGAUGACCAGGGCUCUCGUGGCAAAAUUGUGUACGCAGACAACUUGCCCUCAGCUGCACCUCCACCAUCGAAAUCUGUUGCUGUGACUGAGAAAAGUGCUCCGAAAUCGAUAAUUUCUGCUGGCUCUGCGAUGGCUAUACCUCCUCCGUUGCCUGCCCAGCUCCUCAAUCUCGAGCGCUUUCAAGAGAAAAUCAGUUUCUUCCUUGGCCUUCAGAACGAAAUCUCCGAGUCGAAACACGUGAAAGACGUGGGUUUCGUGCGUGUGAAUUCCCUCCCGAUCAAGCAGGCGUUGUCGACGUGGGUGACGAAAUGGGUGUACUUAUUCACGCAGUAUUUGCACGAUCGAGUUGUCAACCAGCUUGUGUGGAUAGAGACCUUCAUGCAGAAGGUAAACGCUGGUCUGGACAUCGAGAUCGACGCCGCGAACGCCGACAAGGAGAAGCUGAUGCAGUGCAUGUUGCACAUUCGUGACGUUCGACAUCUGAUGCGCGAAGACUUGCUCGUGAACUUCGUGCCGCUGAAGGAUUUUGUCGCGCUUCUGAAGCUAAAUGGCAUUGCACUGGAUAUGUCGUACGUUGGCAAAGAAAAUGUGUUGACGUUCUUAGAGCAAGCCCCGAUCCGGUGGGAAAACAUGGUGAACAAGACGUUCAAGAAGAAGGAAGUGAUCCAACCACUGCAGAACCAGAUGAUGGAAUCGAUUCGACAAGAAGUGGCGGAGUUCAACCGACGUCUUGCUGCUAUGAAAGAAGAAUUCAAGGUCACAGCUCCGCUGUAUGCUCCCUCCGACAGUCGAUCGAUAGCGGAUGUGUAUGAUCAGCUGGAUGCAUACAACGCAAAGCUGUAUCAAGUCGAACAGGAAGCUGCGAGACUAAUGGAGCUGGAAGAUAUUUUCGAGCUGGCGUCCAGCAAGUUCGACGUGCUGUCAACGCUACGUGUCAAUUUUACCACUCUCAAGCACAUCUGGGACUUUGUCGCGCUGCUGGACUCGAUUUACGUGAACAAGUGGCAACCAUUGCCCUGGAACGAUCUGGAUGCUGAUGCACUAAUGGAAGAAGUCGAUGAGCUUGAGCGUCAUCGUCAUGCUUUGUUUGCAUCCGCUCGCGGUGUGAAGGAAUGGUCUAUCUACGAUUACCUCGAACAGAAGCUGCAUCAAAUGACAGUGAUCUUGCCCCUUGUCAAGCAUUUACACUCUCCAGCCGUGCGCGACCGACACUGGAAGAACCUGAUGGUGUUAGCUAAGAAGCACUUUGAUCUAUCUGGAGCUGGUGGGCUGAGUGAGAUAAGCAGCGGUGGUAAAAGCUCACUGCGAUUCGAAGAAGUGCUCAAGCUGGAGCUCUUUCGCUUUGUCAACGAAGUCAAUGAGCUCGUGGAAGUGGCAGCCAGGGAGUUCAAGAUCGAGCAGCAAUUGCAGUCUAUUGACACAACGUGGAAUGGAUUCCAGCUCGAGUUUGUUCCUUAUCAAACGGCAGGAAGCAAGGCUUCGUCCAGUGGAGACCACGCGCGUGAGCCUGCUAUUUCAGUUGAAGGUAACGAUGCAACGUCAAGCACGAAUGCCUUGACGGAAGCGGGUGAGACAAUGGAGGGUGACAUUAUGAUUCUGAAGAUGCCGAACGUCAUCAUCGAGUGCCUUGAAGAGCAUCAACUACAGCUACAAACGAUGGCCGCCACGGGGAAGUUUGUUGCUUACUUUAAAGACAAAGUGUUUGAGUGGCAGUUGCGGUUGGGCAACGUUGAUACGAUCCUGAAGCUGUGGAUUACUCUCCAACGACAAUGGUGCAGUUUGGAAUCCAUUUUUCUAAGCUCAGCGGGCGAUAUUCAGCGACAGUUGCCGUCAGAAUACCAGCGGUUUGAGCAUGUUGACGAGGCAAUGAAGGAUCUCUUCGCAGACGCGCGGAUGUCUCCAUCAGUGCUGGUUGCUUGCUGUCAACGCGAAGGUCGUGAAGCUGUGCUUCGUGACCUGCAGGUGGAGCUUGAGAUCUGUCAGAAGGCUCUUAAUCAGUAUUUGGACGGCAAGAAGGACAUCUUCCCGCGGUUCUACUUCGUCUCCACGGCGUCGCUGCUCGAGAUUCUGUCAAACGGUAACCAUCCGCCUCGCAUCCAGCCCCACUUCGGCAACUGCUUCGAUGGUAUUGAGUCGUUUGAAUUUAUCAGUGCUCAGUCCGCUUUAGAGUCUAAGAACUCGUCUGGAGGGAGUUUGUCGGGCCGAAAGAUGUCUUCGACGCCGUCAUCAGCCUCAUUGGAAGAGCGAUUCUUGGCGAUGGCGAUGAUCUCGAAGGAAGGCGAAGUGGUGCAGUUCCCGGACUCGCAUUUGAUCCAUGGAACAGUGGAAAACUGGUUCAAUGACCUGGUGUUCGUGAUGCAAGAUACUUUGCGGCAGAAGAUUUUCGAGGCAGUUGAAAGCAGUGCCCUGUGGGGAGUUGACUGUGCUCGCCACACGUGGGUCUUCGAUUACCCGGCGCAAGUUGCUCUGCUGGGAAGUCAGAUCGUCUGGACGGAGGAGGUUGAAAUGGCAUUGGAGGAGUUUGAAAAUGGAACGGAAGAUGCCAUCAAGAAAUACUAUGAUGUAUCAACAGUGCGAUUGGAGGAGCUGAUCAAGCUUGUGCAGGGUCAGCUCGGAGCAUUAAACCGCCAGAAGAUCAUCACUCUUAUUACUGUUGACGUCCAUGCGCGUGAUGUGGUGCAGUCAUUGAUCACGAAGAAAGUCUCGAGCUCGCUGGAUUUCCAAUGGCAGUCGCAACUGCGCUACUACACGACGCCAGUAUUGACCAGUGCGGGCCUAAAGAAGGAAGUUCACAUCAAGAUUUGCGACUUCCGCUCGUUCUACAGCUACGAGUACACAGGCAAUUGUGGACGCUUGGUGAUCACACCUCUGACUGACCGUUGCUACGUCACUCUUACCACAGCGCUGCGACUGUGUCUUGGCGGAGCGCCUGCGGGUCCAGCCGGAACAGGAAAAACCGAGACGACUAAGGACCUUGCUCGUGGAAUGGGCCUUCAGUGCUACGUCUUCAAUUGCAGUGACCAGAUGAAUUACUUGACGAUGGCCAACAUUUUCCGUGGAUUAGCUCAAACAGGAGCUUGGGGCUGCUUUGACGAGUUCAAUCGUAUCUCAGUGGAGGUUCUGUCGGUGGUGGCAACCCAGGUGAAGACUGUACUAGAUGCGAAUACCUUACUGGUUGCGUCAACGAACCGGGGAGCGUCAACUGGCAGCGGAGAUGUUGGUUCGUCAGGAGGAGAAGGAAGCACUCAGCAACCCAUAGCGAUGCCAAGAGCCGGUAAUUGCGAGUUUUUCGGUAAAACGAUCGCGUUGGAACCGACAGUUGGAUUCUUCAUCACGAUGAAUCCUGGAUAUGCUGGUCGCGCAGAGUUACCAGAGAACCUAAAGGCUCUGUUCCGUUCGUGUGCGAUGAUCAAACCGGACUUGCAGCCUAUUUGCGAGAACAUGCUGAUGGCCGAGGGCUUCCUGAAGGCUCGAAUGCUUUCCGUCAAGUUUGUGACGUUGUACGAUCUGAGCAGUGAGUUGCUUUCCAAGCAGAAACACUACGACUGGGGCUUACGCUCUGUCAAGUCGGUUCUUCUCGUCGCUGGUAGCCUGCGUCGUGCACACUCCACACUGUCUGAAGAGACUGUACUGAUGCAAGUGCUGCGCGACUUUAACACACCGAGAAUCCUCCCUCCAGACUAUCCGGUCUUCAUGGGUUUAUUGCGAGACCUGUUCCCGAAAGAAGAACUUCCACAUCUCAAGAACGACUCUCUGCAGUCAAAAUGUGCUCGUGUGUGUGCGCAGAAGAAGCUUCAACCAGAAGAAGGGUUCCUGAAGAAGAUGAUGGAGUAUGAAGAAGUACUGAAGGUGCGACACAGUGUGAUGCUUAUUGGACCUGCUGGAUGCGGCAAAAGCACGAUCUGGAACACACUGGCUGCGUGCCAUAACGCUGAUGAGGAAGGAAAUGCCUUGGCAAAGCACUUGACUGUGUGUGAGAGUGUCAACCCGAAGGCCAUUACGGCCGACGAACUGUACGGAUACAUGACCCUUGACAACGACUGGAAAGACGGCGUGCUGUCGUCUAUCAUGCGCAACAUGUCGAAGAACGUGCCACCAUUUAGCGAAUCACAGACGUACAAGUGGGUCGUACUGGACGGCGACAUCGACGCAGUGUGGAUCGAAAGCAUGAACACUGUGAUGGACGACAACAAGGUCCUCACGCUGGUGUCGAACGAGCGUAUCCCGUUGACAAAGUCGAUGAGAUUGGUGUUUGAAAUCUCGUCGCUAGUGAACGCAACACCGGCCACGGUAUCGCGCGCAGGAAUCAUUUACGUGGAUGAAGGGCACAUUGGAUGGUACCCAGUUGUGGAGUCCUGGUUGCAGCAGCGUGAAAGUAGUGCCGAGGCAGGAAUCCUUCCUGGCCUCUUCAAGAAAUACAUGGAUGGCAUGUUCUCCGCGCUGGAUGAGACAAAAGCAGAGACGAUCGUGCCAAUAGUUCCCGUUGCCCUCGUGGAAAUGCUUUGUCGUCUCUUGGACGGAUUGCUGAGCUCGGUUGGUGAGCACGAGAAAACCCCUGAGGUUCUGGAGAAUGCGUUUAUCUACUGUGGAUUGUGGGCGUUUGGAGGCGCUUUAGCCACCGACAAGGGACCGGAUGAUCGUGCUGCGUUCUCUACGCAUUUCAAGGUCGUCGCUAAGUACAAGUUUGCCUCCAGUUCAACUAACGCCGGAUCAACUUCAGGCAGCGCUGAUGCCAAUAGUGCGGCGAUGCUGGCGAGUGGUAACGCGAAUCUCUUCGAUUAUUACUAUGAUAUCACACGUAAUGAGCUGAUCUACUGGGGCGACAAGAUCCCGUCGCUUACGCCUGUAGGGGACGUCCCAUUCCAUGCGCUUAUUGUCCCCACCCUGGAAUCUGCUCGUGUGCACUCGAUCAUUGACUUGCUGGUGCGCAAGAGGAAUCCGACGAUUCUAGUGGGUUGCAGUGGAUCAGGCAAGUCGUCACUACUUCACGAGCACAUGAAAGGACUGGAAGAUGACACCACCUUUGCCUAUGUGAGCAUGCAUCACUACAUGGACGCACGCGAGUUUCAAUCUCGCCUGGAACAGUAUCUGGAGAAAAGAUCGGGUCGUGUGUACGGACCGCUGUACAACCGCAAGCUCAUCUACUUCUUGGACGAUCUUAACAUGCCGUUUGUAGAAGAGUUUGGGACCCAAACUGCUCUUGCACUUUUGCGGCAGUAUAUGGACUACAACUCGUGGUACGACCGCCACGAUUUAUCGUCGAAGAAGCUGAUCCACGACGUCCAAUUCCUUGCCUGCAUGAACCAUAAGGCUGGCUCGUUCACUGUUAACCCUCGUCUUCACCGUCACUUCUCAACACUGUGCAUCAGCAUGCCGUCCAAGCACGACCUCACGACCAUCUACUCUGCGCUACUGAACCAGCAUCUGACGAGCUUUGCGGACAAGAUCAAGAAGCUCGCACCUUCCAUCAUCACUGCAACGAUUGAUCUGUACACGGAGGUUCGAGCAAACUUCCUCGCAACUGCGACCAAGUUCCAUUACGUGUUUAGUAUGCGCGAGUUGAGCUCGUUGUUUCAAGGCCUCUUCAUGGCUAGACCUGAAGCGUAUCUGAAUAAUUCGCUCCAGUUCUGUCGUCUCUGGAUUCACGAGUGUUUCCGAGUCUUCAGCGACCGUAUGAGUUCUCCCAGUGAGAUCCAGAGGUUUGCCGAAAUGGCUGUGGAGCAGACGAAGAAGAACUUUGAAGAGGACCAAGCAGAGAUCUUUGCAGCACCUCUCAUCUGUGUAAAUUUCCUGGGAGCUUCAUCAAUGUCGAUGGACGGCGAGUAUGGGGCCCCCACUCUCAGCUACGUCCCUGUAAUCGACAAGGCUCAACUCACUGCUUGCUUGGAGCGGAAGCUGGCUGAGUACAACGAGACGCAUCCAGUCAUGAGUCUCGUGUUGUUUGAUCAAGCGUUGGAGCACGUGACUCGAAUCGUUCGCAUCCUGGCAAACCCGAGAGGAAAUGCGCUUCUGAUUGGUGUUGGUGGCUCAGGAAAGCAGUCUCUCUCACGCUUAGCAGCGUUUAUCUGUGGCUACAAUUUGGUAUCGCUGACGACGAGUGCUUCUCCCUCGUACGGAAUGAGUGAACUAAAAGAAGACUUUAAGGAUAUCUACCGCAAAGCAGGCGUCCGACCAGCGAAGCCGAUCGUGCUGCUACUCACAGACUCUCAGAUCACUGACAAUCGUUUCUUAGUGCCACUGACCGAUGCGUUGACCUCUGGAUGUAUUGCGGAUCUGUUUUCUAGUGAAGAGAUGGAGUCCAUGGCGGGGUCCUUACGAAUGGAAGCGAAGGCACGUGGGAUUCCAGACACGAAGGAGCAGCUCCAAGAGUUCUUCUACGACCGAGUACGAAGCAAUCUGCACCUCAUCUUGGCCUUCUCACCAGUGGGUGGCGAUCUGCGUAUUCGAUGCAGAAACUUCCCGUCUCUGAUGAGUUGCUGUACUAUGAACUGGUUCCAUCCGUGGUCGAAAGAAGCGCUAGUGGAUGUGUCGCUCAAUUUCCUUCAAGACGUGGAUCUGUCCACACGUGCGAUCCAGGAGAAUGUCUGUCAUCACAUGGCCGAGUUGCACAUGUCGGUGACAACGGCUUGUACGAUGUAUGCGAAGAGCUACGGACGUCACAACUACGUGACUCCAACCUCUUUCUUGGAGCUUAUUCGCUUCUACCGAUCGCUUCUGGGAACGAAGCGUUCGUCUCAAACACUUAAGAUCAAGCGUCUUGAAGUGGGUUUGGCGACACUGAAGAAGACUUCACAGGACGUUGCAGGACUCCAAGAUGAGCUGAAACUGACAAUGAAGAAAGUGGAAGAGCGAAAGAAGGCUACAGAUCUCUUACUGGAGCAGAUGGGGAAGCAGCGUGGAGAUGCCGAAGUAAAGCAGCGUCGUGCCGAUGAAGAGCGCGCUAAAGCAGCCCAGGCAGCCGAGAUCGCUUCACAAAUUGAAGCACAGGCGUCUGUUGAACUUGCAAUCGCCAAACCAGCGUUAGAUGCUGCCCAGCAAGCUGUGAAUUGCCUCAACAAGGCGUCAUUGACCGAACUAAAGUCCAUGGGCAAACCUCCUGCUGGUGUGGAGAAAGUAACCGCAGCAGUUCUCAUGAUGGUCAAGAAAGAGACCAAGAACUUUAGUUGGGACAACGCCAAGAAGAUGAUGGCGAAGGUGGAUGUCUUCAAGCAAUCUCUCGAGCAGUACGACAAGGAGAACAUCCCUCUCGAUGUCGUCGCGCGUGUGGAGCCGCUGAUCCAAGAAGACCCGAAUUUCAACUACGAAAAGAUGAAGAGCAAGUCCGUCGCUGCCGCAAACUUGUGCGUGUGGGUCGUCAACAUCAUCUCGUUCCACCAGGUCUUCGUCCGUGUCAAACCAUUGAUGGAUACACUCGAAAAGGCUCGUCAGACCAAGGCUGAAGCGGAUAGUGAGUUAGCAUCAGUACAGAAGAUGGUGGCCGAAGUCGAAGCUCAUCUGAACGCGCUGCAAGCAUCGUUCAGAGAUGCUACAAACGAGAAGGCAAAAGUCGAGGCUGAAGCGCAAGCGUGUCAAGAGCGUUUGUCUCUAGCUGAGCGUCUCGUCAACGGUCUCGCGUCGGAGAAAGAGCGAUGGAGUCACGAGAUUGACGCCCUGAGAGCUGGUGAGAGCGCGCUUAUCGGUGAUUCGCUGCUCGCGGCAGGAUUUGUGAGUUACAUCGGCGCAUUUAACGCGAGCUUCCGAGCGCAGCUGUGGAAAAAUACUUGGUUACCAGAUAUCGUGACUCGAGAGAUCCCAAUUACGCUUGGAACUCCAGCAGACAUGGGUGGUGGCUCGAACGGAGCUGAGAACGCUAAUAAUGGAGAAUCAACUAACGAUACUGAUUCCUUGAUGGAACCAUCGACGGCUGCAUCCUCAGCUCCAAGUGGAAGUAUGGGCGUCGAUCCGCUUGAUGUGCUCAGUGACAGCAGUGACGUGGCUCAGUGGAUGAAUGAAGGAUUGCCAGCCGAUCGUAUCUCCAUCGAGAAUGGAUGCAUCAUCACGUCAUGUCAACGCUGGCCGCUUCUUGUGGAUCCUCAACUGCAAGGAAUUAUCUGGCUACGAGCUCGCGACUUCCGACACAAGAAAGCUGAAGAUCAGGACGAGUACGAAUCUGUUGGCCAAUCUCUGGUGAUUCUUCAGCCUGCACAGAAGAACUGGACAACCACGUUGAAAACUGCAAUUACAAGCGGACAGAGCGUCAUCUUAGAGAACCUUGGAGAGACUAUUGACGCGUCCUUGGAACCUGUCAUCAUGCGGCAGAUCUACAAGAAAGGGCGCAACUGGUUCCUCCAGUUCGCAGCUGAGGAGAUUGAAGUGGACCCUCGCUUUCGCUUGUACUUGCACACAAAGCUCCCAAACCCUCACUACCGACCGGAAAUCUUAGCGUACUGCACGCUCAUCGACUUCAGUGUCACGGAGAAGGGGUUGGAGGACCAACUUCUCGCUAAUGUGGUGAACCUGGAACAACCCGACUUAGAGACGCAGAAGCGCCAACUCCAACAAGAGUUCAACGGCUAUCAGAUCCAGCUAUUACAGCUCGAGAACGACUUGCUGGAGCGUCUAUCGAAUGCUCCAGACGACAUUUUGUCUGAUGUCCCGCUGAUCGAAGGCCUAGAGAAGACGAAAUUCACAGCUAUUGAUGUUGGGAUCGCAUUGAGGAAAGGCAAAGAUGCCGAGAGAGAGAUUAACCUCGCUCGAGAGGUCUACCGUCCUGUGGCCAAUGAAGCGAGCAUGAUGUACUUCUUGAUGAGUCAGCUCUGCAAGGUGAACCACAUGUAUCGCUACUCGCUCGAGUCGUACAUGACCUUCUUCUUCGUGGCUUUGGAUGGAGUCGCUCCGCCAGCUUUAACAUCGGACGAUACUCACAGCGGUAAUGCUCGUGAUCGCGUGGGGAUUUUGAAGGAGGCACUGCGCUGGACCAUCUUCUCAAUGGUGACGAGAGGUCUCUACGAAGAGCAUAAAUUGCUCUUCCUGACGCAACUGAUGUUUCUUUUGCUUCGUCGUGGGGUUAUCGGCGCAAACAGUGGCUAUGAACCUCAAUAUGCGCGGUUUUUACUGCAAGGAUCGAAGAUUGUGGGCCCAGAGAACACGAUAUCGUGGCUGAACGAGUCACAGUGGCAGUCGUUGCAAGCUCUGAUCACGUUGGCUCCUUUCGAGAGAUUCGUGUCGGAUUUUGAGGAGUCUGAACCGCGCUUCCGUGAAUGGUACAACUCAACUAGCCCCGAGUUGGAGAAAUUGCCACUGGAUUGGCGCGAACUGGACAAGUCGGCGCCGUUCUUGAAGCUGCUGGUGGUCAAGUGUCUGCGGCCUGAUCGAUUGACGCAAGCAGUGAGCAACUUCAUCGUCCAGACGCUCCCUAACGGUUGUCAAUUCCUCAAUUGUGACAGCCAACUCAACAGUUUUGCGAUCUUACAGAGUGCGUUCAAGGAGAGCUCUCCGUGGACGCCCAUGUACUUCAUCCUGUCUCCAGGCUCGGAUGUUGUGGCCGAUGUGGAUAAACUGGCAGUGCAAGACCAAGAGAGAAUUAAGGGCGUUGACUACCACAACAUUGCGCUGGGUCAAGGUCAAGAGCAGGUGGCCAUGAAGACGCUGCAUUUGUCGGUGGAGAAUGGUCACUGGGUGAUUCUCAACAACGUUCACUUGAUGCCCAAGUGGAUGCUGGAACUGGAUAAGUGGCUGGAGCAGUUAGCCAAGGCGAGUAAAACGGCUUCCUACGCUACACUUCGUAGCAAUCUGUCGAGUAGCAAGGAUAUCACUCGCAUGGGGACAAGUCGAUCAUUGUCGCUGUUGCCUCCGGCUGGAGCUGCAACUACAGGAAGUGGCAUCGGGACGUUGCAUCCGAACUUUCGUUUGUUCAUCACCAGUGAUCCGUCCACGAACAUCCCUAUUGGCGUCUUGGAGAGAUCUAUUAAGCUCACCAACGAGCCUCCGACUGGACUUCGUGCCAACGUCAAGCGUGCGUUCUGCUGCUUCCCCAAGACUAUCGUCGACGAGCUGGAACCUCGCACACGUUGUAUUUUGUUUGCUCUCUGCUACUUCCACUCGCUCAUGCUGGAGCGCAAGAAGUUUGGACCGCAGGGAUUCAACAUGCUGUACCCAUUUGCUGCCAGCGACUUACUUGCCAGCAGUACAGUACUGCGAAACUACAUGGACAAUGCUCCGGCACGUGUACCGUGGCCGGAUCUACGGUAUCUGUUCGGUGAGAUCAUGUAUGGAGGCCACAUAGUGAACGAGCUGGAUCGACUCGUGGCUGCUACGUAUCUGCAGUAUUUCCUGCGUGACGAACUAUUGGAAGAGCUGUCGAUGCUUCCGUUUGGUGACGAUGCGAGUGGAGCUAGCGGUGGUGGAAACAGCGGACAGGAUGGAGGAGGUGGAGGAGGCGAUGGAGGAGACGGUCCGAGUGGUGGACAGCAACGUCGCGAGUUCUUGGCACCGAAGCUGUCUGCUGGCUUUGAUCGCAUUCUAGAACAUGUGAACACGUCGCUGCUGAAUGAGACGCCGACUGCUUUUGGGCUGCAUCCGAAUGCCGAGGUUGCAUUUCGAACUGAGAAUGGUCAGAUUCUACUGCAGUCGAUGCUGCUUCUAACUACAAAGGAAGAAGACGUUCAUGGCGACAACAGUGAUGACGAAGACGAAGGCACCGGUGGGUCUGGUGCGAAAGAGACUGGCGACGCGGUUCAACUCGCAGCCGAGGGAGUGCUGCAGGACGUUCUUGAGAACUACAGGGACUUCCGGUUUGAUAUCCAAGAGCUUUUCUUCAAAGGGUCCUCCGACUCAGGCUCACGUGACGGCUCCUCGCGACGAGGUAAAGGAGGCAGACUCUUCUCGUCUGUAGCGACACCCGACGCUGAUGACAUGGAUCCGUUCCAGACUGUGCUGCUUCAAGAGUGCCAGCGUAUGAACUAUCUACUCGAGACCAUGACGGAUUCGUUGGCAGAAUUGGAGUUGGCAUUCCGUGGAGACGUCCCGCUCACUGAGACGAUGGAGAAGCUGCAAACGUUCCUGUACUACGAACGUGUCCCGGAUAACUGGUUGGCUGCAGCGUGUCCAUCGCGUCGGUCACUUGCGCCGUGGUUGGCCAAUUUACAGCAACGAAUUGCACAGCUCCAGGAGUGGAUCGGGUCAGCUCCUGAGCUGCCGUUGGUUUUGUGGUUGCCUGGACUCUUCAACCCUCAAGCUUUCCUCACUUCCGUGCUCCAGACCGCCGCUCGCAAACACAACGUGGAGCUGGACUCGCUACGAAUCACAGCUGACGUGACGAAGAGAACGAUUGAUACGGUGGAUGCUCCUGCUCGCGAUGGCCAGUUUAUUCAUGGUCUGUACCUCGAAGGUGCGCGUUGGGACUUCGGUAAUGGCGUUCUGGAGUCAAGUUUACCCCGAGAAAUGUAUGUGUCGAUGCCUGUGCUCACAUGUCGAGCUAUCGUGAACACAGGGAAUAAAGACCAGUCGAGUGGGCCAGGAAGUGGAGGUGGGGGCAAAGCAGGAGCCAGCAACGUGUUUGAGUGUCCUGUGUACAGGACUCAACAGCGUGGACCGACGUUGAUUUUCAUGUCACCACUCAGGACGAAAGUUCCACCGGCAAAGUGGGUACUUGCAGGAGUGGCGAUGCUCAUGGAGGUUGUUUGAUGCGAUCGAGAUAAUCGUACAUAGUAGCAGUAAGUAGUGUGCAUUUCGUAACAUAUUCAUCUCCCUUAUCUCCUCAUAGUCAUCAGUGGAUUUGUAGCUAACGGAUUGCUGGCCGAGCUCGCGUUCGAGGUAUCACAGCCUCCACCAUGCAUGGCCUGUGCCCCCGGAUACCUGCGAUAUUGACAGGGUGUGAUGUCUCUGAGCUCCACUCUAUUGUUUCUGUUAGGAACACAGCCAAACGAUACUCCACGAGGUUGUGCUGGAGCACGUUGAAUGCGAAGAGGACGCUCGACAUUUCGUUUUACUGAAUCCAUUGUCGAGGUUUGUUCUUGUCGGACUGGUAGUACAGAUCUUUGCUUGGGUU